AUGGCCUUUCUAGAUCUUCCCAACGAGGUGGUCCUACUUGUGGUUACUCACCUCGAAUAUGCAUACGAGACCAACGCCCUAUGCUGCACCUCUCGCCGGCUCCGUGAACUGCUGAAUCCUGUUCUGUACAAACAUAGCCUGACCCAGCAAAACGGAGGAUUCACUCUCGAAUGGGCUGCUAUCAACGGAUUGGUGUCAACUACCCGACUUAUCCUGGAAGCAGGGGCACCACCGGAUGCCCUUGGAGGGAUGGAGCAGGCAUUCGCAUUAGCAGCUAUUCACGGACACAGCGAGAUAAUAGGGCUGCUAUAUGAACACGGUGUCGACCCGUGUACUACCGAAAAAGACCGGAAGCACCACCUUGACGAACCCCACGACUUGGACUGCGAAGAGGGCCACCCCCUGUCUAUGGCAGCGGCACACGGCCACGUAUCUGUGGUCAGUCUCUUGCUGGAAUAUGGAGUACCAGUGGAUCUCCAUACAGCUACCAGAGAGAAGCGAACGGCUCUCCAUCUCGCAGCUGAAAAGGGCCACCUCGAUGUUCUCCGUGUGUUGGUCGACGCUGGCAGUCAAAUCGAUGCGCAGGACUAUGUCGGUACAACGCCGUUGCACUUUGCGGUGCAUGAAGGGCAUCUCGAGGCUGUGCAGUUCCUGCUCGCCUGUGGAGCAGAUCCAAAUAUGCCAACUACAAGCGGGUCGACAGCGCUCUGCAUGGCGCCUCGCUCGGGCAAUAUUGAUGUCGUGCGAUGUCUGCUUGACCACGAGGCAAUGACGAACCCCUGCUGUCCAGCCGGUGGAAAUCCCCUAUGGCAGCUGGCCCAAGCAGCAGAGAGAGGCUACGACGAUAUUGUGGACCUUCUACUCACCCGAUUCGACUAUAUCCAGCUUUGUGCAGAGCCGUAUCAACAGUCCAUUCUCCUCUGCGUUGCUGCACUUACCGGCCGCACUGCACUUCUCAGCGAUCUGCUAUCAGAACACAACUACAACUCUAACAUGGGUGUCUCUGACGAAUACAUGUCCCUUCCAUGCAAAUGCCUCUGCUCAACCCCAGCAUCAGCCCUAACCUGGGCUGCAGAGCGCAACCAGGCCGCCGCAAUUGACAUUCUCAUGUCCCACGGUGCAAGCCUCACCACACCAUCCAACGAAAAGUCUGUCCCCCUUCUCCAUGCUAUUCGGAACGGCCACAAAGAAGCCACCGCAGCCCUCCUCGCCCACGGCAUCAACCCCAACGCCCCCCCAGGCAAAGCCCUCUUCAGCGCCAUCCCCCACCCGUCCAUAUUCUCCCUCCUCCUAUCCCACGGGGCAGAUCCAACCAUCCCCGUUCCCUGCUCCAAUCUCCUGGCUGAUAUUCUCACCUCCGGCAACGCCGACACCCUCCGCAUCCUCCUCGACCAUCCAAGGGGUACUUCCAUGGUAACAGACCCAAUCAUAAAAGGCCCCAUGAUCUCCCUCACAAGGCCAGAAGAAGUCCCGCUCAUCCGUCUUGCCAUACAGGGCGGGGAGGAAGUUUUACGUCUCCUCCUAGACCGGAAUCUCCUAGCACCACCAGAACACCUACAAGACCGCACAGCAAGCCAGUAUCUUAUCCUUGCGGCACAGCACGGUAAAGUCUCGCUUAUGGCUCUGCUUCUGGAUAUGGGGUUUGAUGUACACGCUGGCGAUAACGCCGGGGCACUUGUGAAUGCGGCUGCAAAGGCACAAGGGGAUCCUGAUGGAUUGCUGGACUUCUUGUUAGAGAACGGGUGCAGUGUGCAUGAUACGGAUUAUGUAGGUCAUCCUGCGCUGUUUCUCGCUGCGAAGGAGAAGGAUGAGACUGCGAUGCGCAGGCUUUUACGCCGCGGGGCGGAUCCGCUUGUUGGUCGGUGGGGUGAGACAGUCUUGCCGGUUGUGGUGGGGAAUGGACUUUUUGAUGCUGUAAGGGAUAUUCUGGGUGUACUUGAUGAGAGGCAGGUUGGGUCUAAGGAAGUUGAGGGCGUCUUGAAACGAGCUGAGGAGCGUGCGUUGAAAGGGGGAUGUGGUGUACGGGAUCAUCAUGGCGUUCUAGUGCCGCGGGGGAGUUUCUUUAAUAAUGUCAAGGCGCUGCGGAGGUUUUACUGGUUGAGGAAGUAUCCUGUGUGUACUUGA